GGUACCAUCACUGGGCGUUCCACCGCCUCUGAGACUCUCCCGGACGUCCAGGCUUUUCUCUCCUUUUGGGCCCCCGCCCAUUUCUGCCACCCGCAUCUAGAGCACCGGCCAAGGCGGGGCGAUGCAGGAUCAGGUUUCUUUGGCGGUGAGCAGGACUGUUCCUGCCUCUCCCUCCACCGCCGCUGUGGAGUCUGAUCACACCCCUAUUUCGUGGGUGACUCUUCUAGUUCGAAGAUAUUUUCUGUUCAUCAAACUUGACUGUAUUUGAGGUUGUUAAGUUCUUUAGAAAGACCUCAAAUAUAGUUUGGCAGCUAAGUAUCUUACCUCAUGUGCCUCAGUUUGCUCACUUUGCAAAACGAUUAAUGUCUACCGAAUCUCAUACCAUUUCUGUGAUUUGAGGAUGAAUGGGCCGUCGUGGCACAUUGGAGGAAAAGCUGGAGCAGAGUGAGCAAGGGGAGAAUACUUGGAGAGGAAGCAGUGGGGGACCAGAUGGUGCAGGGCCUUGUAGGCCGUCAAAGAGACUGGCUUUUACAUGGAGGACAAUGAGGAACCAUGACCCUGACUUGUUGGAUGAGCAGGCCCCCCUGGAAGAGUCAGCUGUGUGAGAUGGUGCAGCCCAGUGGCGGCCCGACAGGGGACCAGGACGUGCUCGGUGAAGAGUCUUCUCUGGGGAAGCCGGCCAUGCUCCACCUGCCUUCAGAGCAGGGCACUCCCGAGACCUUCCAGCGUUGUCUGGAGGAGAAUCAAGAGCUCCGAGAUGCCAUCCGGCAGAGCAACCAGAUGCUGCGGGAGCGCUGUGAGGAGCUGCAGCGUUUCCAAAGCAGCCAGAGGGAGGAGAAGGAGUUCCUCAUGCAGAAAUUCCAGGAGGCCAGAAAACUGGUGGAGAGACUGAGCAUGGAGAAGCUCGACCUGAGGAGGCAGAGGGAGCAGGUCCUGAAGGAGGUGGAGCACCUGAAGAGAUGCCAGCAGCAGAUGGCCGAGGACAAGGCCUCAGUGAAAGCCCAGGUGACGUCCUUGCUGGGGGAGCUCCAAGAGAGCCAGAGUCGCUUGGAGGCCGCCACCAAGGAGCGGCAGGCUUUGGAGGGCAGGGCCCGGGCAGCCAGUGAGCAGGCCCGGCAGCUAGAGAGCGAGCGGGAGGCGCUGCAGCAGCAGCACAACGUGCAGGUGGACCAGCUGCGCAUGCAGACCCAGAGCAUGGAGGCCGCCCUGCGCAUGGAGCGCCAGGCCGCCUCGGAGGAGAAGCGGAAGCUGGCUCAGCUACAGGUGGCCUAUCACCAGCUUUUCCAAGAGUAUGAUAACCACAUCAAGAGCAGCAUGGUGAGCAGUGAGCGGAACCGAGGAAUGCAGCUGGACGAUCUUAAGCAGCAGCUCCAGCAGGCCGAGGAGGCCCUGGUUGCCAAACAGGAAGUGAUUGACAAACUGAAGGAAGAGGCCGAGCAGCACAAGAUUGUGAUGGAGACCGUUCCGGUGCUGAAGGCCCAGGCGGAUAUCUACAAGGCGGACUUCCAGGCAGAGAGGCAGGCCCGGGAGAAGCUGGCUGAAAAGAAGGAGUGCCUGCAAGAGCAGCUGGAGCAGCUGCAGAGGGAGUACAGCAGGUUGAAGGCCAGCUGUCAGGAGUCAGCCAGGAUCGAAGAUAUGAGGAAGCGGCAUGUAGAGGUCCCCCAGCCCCCCUUGGCCCCUGCCCCAGCUCACCACUCCUUUCACCUGGCCCUGCCCAGCCAGAGGAGAAGCCCCCCUGAGGAGCCGCCCGACUUCUGUUGCCCCAAGUGCCAGUACCAGGCUCCUGACAUGGACACUCUGCAGAUACACGUCAUGGAGUGCAUUGAGUAGGGCCGCCUGCCGGUGACCAGCCCGGGACAGUGCCAUCUGUGCUUUCGUUUCCCACCCACCGAGUACUGAAUAGUGGGCUAAGUGACAAAGAGCAGGCCACUUCUUUGAGCCCCAAGAGCUAGCUGCUGGGCCCUAUGCUUCAGCUCCCCUGUCUGUUGGUUCACCUCUUUUAGGGUACAUGGACCCCCAGCUAGGCCUGACGCUUUGCUCUUUUUGUUUGUUCUGUCUGCUUGAACCUCUUGUCCCUGGGGCUCCCUUUUCUUCCACCUCCACUGGGGAAGUCAAGAAUCAAGGCCGGGGCUCUCAGAGAGAACUGCCUCCCCGGCGAGAUGUGUAGGGGCCCCUCCUCCCACCCCGCUGCGGUGCCUGCGCUCUCAUGGGCUGCGUAGUUUUCCACGUGGGGGCUGCACCACUGUGGAUUAAACCGGUUGGUUACUGAUGGACAUGUGGGUUGUUGCCAAUCUUUUUACUGUCAUUAAUAACGCUAUAGUGAAAA